AAGGCCAAUACAGCAGUGAAGUAGUGCACUGAGUACUAAAGUAUUCAACUUCUUAUUCUUCUUAUUAUUGUUAUCAUAGUAACAGCACGUGACUGCAGUCCUCCGGGUGUGACGUCAUCGCCUGUCUGCGCUGUCACGGAAUCAAACAUGGAGAGAAGGCGAGCAGCAGCAGAUGAUGAUGAUGAUGCGGCUCAUCUGGAGCCUUCCUCACCGACACCCGCGCACCGUCACCGGUCACCGCGCUCCACAAUACUCCGGCGAGGGAGGAGGUAGAGGAGGGAGGCCGUGAUACGAGAGCACGUAACACACACCGGAGCGGAGACUAGGAGGGAACCGGAGUUGCCGCUGCCGCUACAGUUGCCGCUACUUCUGCCGUUGCCGCUACUGUUAUCGCUGCCGCUGCUGUUGCUGCUACCGCUGCUGUUGCCGCAGGCCGGUAAACAUGAAGAAGCCGCAUCGCCCUGCCGUGGCGGGAGAUUUUUGACCGGAGGUGAAACGGAGAAAAAUGUGUGAGGACACGCGCCCAGACGACGACAGCUACAUUGUGCGCGUCAAAGCGGUGGUGAUGACCCGCGAUGAUUCCAGCGGCGGCUGGGUGGCACAGGACGGCUGCCUGAGCAGAGUGGGCGUGUCCAGGCUGCUGGCGUGCGAGUUGCUGGGACACCGUGCAUUUGUCAUCCACGGAGAACGCAUCAAAGACCGGCAGGUGGUUCUGGAGUGUGUUUUGAAGAAAGACCUCAUCUACACCAAGGCGACGCCCACAUUUCACCACUGGCAGUUGGACAACAGGAAGUGUGGUUUGACCUUCCUAAGUCCGUCUGAUGCCCGAGCCUUUGACCGCGGCGUGAGGAAGGCCCUCGAGGACCUGACAGAAGGUUCGACCACAUCCUCAUCAACGCUGCAGAAUGAGGCGGAGCUUGGCGAUGAUGACGUCUUCAUGACGACCACUGACAGCUCAUCCAGCUCCUCCCAGAAGAGAGAGACGACCAUGCAUGCGUUGGCCCCACCCACUAUCUGCGAGCCCCGUCUGCACCACUGUAUCCUGGGACAUCUGUAUGAGCAGCCACGCCCCUCGGAUCACUACUUCCUGGACCAGGCUGUGCACAUGUUUCCCUGUCACGUUAGCUUCCCGUUGGACGAGGAGAUUGUACGCAUCAGUCCCCGCGAGCGGACCUGGCUCACCGGUUACGAGGAUUAUCGCCACGGCAACGCAGCGCGACACAAACUCACACAGCCCGACGACCUCCGCGCCUGCAUACAUUUCGCCAAGAGCGAGCCGCCCAAAUGUGACUACGCCUUCCCGUACCCGCUGAGUCGCGACGCCCAGCGAGGAUGUAACGGUAAACUCAGCCGAGCAGCGGUGGCCACGGCACAGCCGCGAGCGCUACAGCCCAAUAGACAGCAGAGGGAGGAGGACGCCGAGCGUUCACGCUGCGUGUACUGUCAGGACAUGUUCAACCGCAAAGACAAUGGGCGGGGCCACUGCCAGGAAGCACCUGACCCCAUCCAGACCUGCAUCCGGCGCGUCAGCUUCAUGUGGUGUGCCGACAGCUUGCUCUACCACUGCAUGUCGGACCCGGAGGGAGAGUACUCGGACCCGUGCUCCUGCGACACCGGCGACGAGCGCUUCUGCCUGCGCUGGACGGCGCUGGUGGCGCUGUCGCUGCUGGCGCCGUGCAUGUGCUGCUACGCUCCCCUCAGGGCGUGUCACCGCUGCGGCGUGGCAUGUCACUGCUGCGGAGGGAAACACAAAGCCGUGGUCUGAGACGUCACAGGUGGGCGUGGACUUGUUGGAGGAGGAGGAGCCUGUCAUCGUGUUGCUGUCGUCUUUUGUUGUCGUUUGUCUCGUCUCAGAUUCACAGGAAGCUUGUCUGAAAAAACCCUCAAAAAUGUUAAUUUAUAUGUAUAAUGAUGUAAAUGUAAAGAUCUAUAAAAUAAGUCACUUUAUAUUUUUACACUCAUGUGUUGAAGACUUGAACCUGUGCUUGUGUGUGUGUGUGUGUGUGUGUGUGUCAUCAGGUCACAUGAC